AACCAUGUCGACGAGCUGCUAAUGAACAAAAAUCAACGAAGAAUUUCGCCGCCGUCGGAUUAUAACCAGGAUAGCUAUUUUUACAUGGUGAAUGUUUAUGGAUUAUGCUAUCGCGAAGAGUGGCAAAAUGGAUUUGGCAAUGGCCCGAACAUAUUGAAUAGCUCGUGUGUGGGGGGAGAGGAAAGACAUUUCAGCGAGAAUUGUGAGGGACGAUAGAAGACAAUAACCCUGUGAAACCUCUCACCUUUUCUCGCUCUGAGAGGCCUCUGAAGUAUUCUUUAAUGGCUCUUCUGUCUGUCUCUCCUCCGCGUCUUUUUUUCGCCCGCACCACUCAUAAAACAAUCGAGGUCGAAUCGCCGUAGCCUGCCAUUAAGUCCUGAUUCGACCGUGCUGGUCUUAACGUUAAAUUGUGAUUUUUUUUUACCUGAUACCACACUGACAGCCCUCGGUAGGGUGAUUCAGACGCUUAAAUAUGGAUUUUAACAGUAGCGGUGGAGGUAACGAGCUACACAACAAUCAGUUCUAUCAGUCCGAGGAAAGCAAGCCUUUACUGGGAGAGAUGUCUACGCCGCCACCGCCAGAGGGUAAUAAUAAUAAGCUGGCCGCCGGGCCGUGUCGGAGGACUCUUCACUGCAGUAGUGGGAUGCGUUACAAACUGCUUCAGGAGGGAGACAUCCAGGUGUGCGUGAUUAAACACCCUCGCACUUUCCUGAGCAAGAUCCUCACGUCGAAAUUUUUAAGGAGAUGGGAGCCGCACCACCUCACCUUGACAGAGAGCAGUCUAGUCUCCGCAACGCCUACAGGAUACAUGGAGUCGGUGCUGUCCUACAGUUCAAUAGAGGAUGUGCAGCUCCUGUCCUGGGAGAACGCACCCAAGUACUGCGUCCAGCUGAGCUUCCCUGGUGGGACUGUCCUGCUGCAGGCAGCGAACAGCUACUUGCGAGACCAGUGGUUUCACUCUCUACAGUGGAAGAAAAAGAUCUACAAGUACCGUAAGGUCCUGAGCAACCCGAGCCGGUGGGAGGUUGUGCUGAAGGAGAUCCGGGCGCUGGUGGACAUGGCCCUCACCUCCCCGCUGCAGGACGAGUCCAUCCACCAGGCCCCGCUACACAUCAUCUCCACUCUAUUGGCCGAGAACACCAGCCUCAGCACGCAGGACCAUGAGAACAUCAUCGUGGCCAUAGCUCCACUCCUGGAGAACAAUCAUCCACCACCUGACCUGUGUGAAUUCUUUUGCAAGCACUGUCGUGAGCGCCCUCGGUCGAUGGUGGUGAUUGAAGUGUUCACUCCUGUGGUGCAGAGAAUCCUUAAGCACAACAUGGAUUUUGGGAAGUGCCCCAGAUUGCGGCUGUUCACACAGGAGUACAUCCUGGCUCUGAACGAGCUCAAUGCGGGCAUGGAAGUGGUGAAGAAGUUCAUCCACAGCAUGCAUGGACCUACAGGACAGUGCCCUCACCCCCGUGUUCUGCCCAAUCUGGUGGCUGUGUGUUUGGCAGCCAUUUACUCCUGCUAUGAAGAGUUCAUCAACAGUCGUGACAACUCCCCCAGCCUGAAGGAGAUCCGUAAUGGCUGCCAGCCCCAGAGCGAGCGGAAGCCCCCGAUGCCCCUGCGCCUGCUGCGGCAGGAGCCGCCCACCCCUCCUCCGGGCGCUCUCCUGGCCCCGACGCCCACGCCCGCGCCCACGCUCUCGCCCCCGCCGCCGCCUUCCCUGCCCUCGCCCCUGCCUCUGCCCGUGCCCACGGCGCCGGCGCCGCCCAUCGUCAACUCGAGCGAGGUGCUGGUGGAGCUGGAGCGGAGCAACAACGCGGCCAACGCGGCCCUGCGGCGCGGUGGCGGUGGCGGAGGCGGCGGCCCGGCCGGCGGGGACAGCGAGCCCAACCUCAUCGACUGCCUGAUGGUCAGCCCCGCGCUCAGCGCCCUGGCCAUCCAGCUGCCCGCGCAGGCCGACCGCACGCUCGGCUGCUUCGCCCUCAUCCUCAAGAUGCUGUCUGACUACGAUGACUGGAGACCAGCGCUGGCUAGUCUGCUUCAGCCCAUCCCCUUCCCCAAAGAGGCCCUUGCACAUGCCAAAUUCACAAAGGAGCUGAAACACGUCAUUCAGAGGUUUGCAGAGGACCCACGACAAGAGGUUCACUCCUGCCUCCUGAGUGUUCGCUCGGGGAAAGACGGCUGGUUCCAGCUGUACAGUCCAGGCGGUGUGGCCUGUGAUGACGACGGAGAGCUGUUUGCCAGCAUGGUGCACAUCCUCAUGGGGUCAUGCUAUAAGACCAAGAAGUUCCUGCUCUCCCUGGCUGAGAACAAGCUGGGACCCUGCAUGCUACUGGCCCUGCGAGGCAACCAGACCAUGGUGGAGAUCCUGUGCUUGAUGCUCGAGUACAACAUCAUUGAGAACAAGGACACCCAGCUGCAGAUCAUCUCCACCCUGGAGAGCACCCAGGUCGGCCUGCGCAUGUACGAGCAGCUAUGUGACCGACAGAGAGAGCUCAAGGAGCUGGUGAGUCAAUUCACCCCCUCCACCGCUGCCCUCCCUCCCUCCCAUCAGGACGCCGAUCUGGCCCGUCUGUUGAGUUCGGGCUCCUUUGGGAACCUGGAGAACCUGAGUCUGGCCUUCACCAACGUCACCAGUGCCUGCGCUGAGCAGCUCAUCAAGCUGCCCUCCCUCAAGCAGCUCAACCUCUGGUCCACUCAGUUUGGUGAUGCAGGACUGCGGUUGUUGUCCGAGCACCUGGCAUGUCUGCAAGUGCUGAAUCUGUGCGAGACACCGGUUACUGAUGCAGGCCUACUGGCCCUGAGCUCCAUGAAGAGCUUGUGCAGUCUCAACAUGAACAGCACCAAACUAACUGCUGACACUUAUGAGGACCUGAAGGCCAAACUUCCGAACCUGAAGGAGGUGGACGUUCGCUACACAGAGGCCUGGUGAACACCUUCCCUGUACUCACCCCCCCCUGCCUCCUCCACCGCACAUGACCACAGCAAACCUCCGACACCACCCUGACACGAGGUUUCUUCCUCCGACAUCCCAACGUGUCGAGCUUUCAUCCUCAUUGCCACUCAACGCGUCUGCCACUGCCCGCUAUCGGUUUGGGAAGAA